AUUACAGCUGAAGAUAGCCGUCCAUCUCCUGCAUCUGGUGUCUCCCUGGAGUCAUAUAAGAGCCAGACGCAAUGGAAUACCGACCGGGCUAUCUACUGGCUCAUCGAGCCUCGUCGAUCUUCCUCAGUCACCAAAUACAGCGGGACUAAUGUUCAUCCCAAUCAGAUCAACAAUCUCUAUGCAGAGACUAUGCAAGCUUUCGCUCAUUGGUCACUGUAUUUCACAGAUGGCACCUGGGUCUUCACCGAU